ACAAGAGGGCGGUAUUUAUGAACAAACUCCUCCUCCUACUUUGACGCAAUGAAAUGCUCUCAUUUCCGAGGCGUUUCCAUUACUUAAAUAAUCUGCGUUAAAAUCUACAUUUUGAUUAAAAUACGCUGUCGUCACGCAGCAGAGAUGAAGUGUGCGCGCGCUUUCAGACGGAGGAUGAGUACAGCACUGUGAGUGUGACAUACAGGAAGCGCUCCACUUCAGCUCAAGGACACCACUGCUGCACUGCAGAUUCAUUGCAAUGGUCUCAGGUAUGGCGGAGUUGCUGCGGUUGCUCCUGAGCGUGGCAGAAAAAGCUGCCAAUGUGGCACGGGUCUGUCGACAGGAAGAAGCACUUUUUGAACUUUUGGUACAGGAAAAGACAGGAGUUGACAAAAACAAGAAAUUUGUCCAAGACUUUAAGACGCUUGCUGAUGUGUUGAUACAGGAAAUGAUUCGCCAUGAUGUUUGUGCCCAGUUUCCAGAGCUGGCUGGCUUUAUUCAAGGAGAGGAGUCAAACAAGUUUGAGAAUGGACUUGGGGAGAGCGUAACUGUGACUGUGUGUGCUCAAGAAGAGGACACGACUGCUCUGUUGGCUAAAGUUCUGGAUGGUGAUCAACACGCUGCGUCCCUCCUGACCACGGUGAUCCACCAGGACCUUCAGAUUAGAGACGAGACGGCUGAAUCUCUGCAGCUGUCCAUCAGCCCAGCCGAUGUGGGCAUCUGGAUCGAUCCCAUCGAUGGUACAAGUCAGUACAUUGAAGGGAAGGAGGAAGAGGAGCCAGAUGAAGGCUUUUGUCAGUCUGGACUCCCAUGUGCUCUGGUUCUGAUUGGGGUUUACUUACGAUCCACUGGUCAACCGGUCAUGGGUGUCAUAAACCAGCCGUUCAACCACAAAGACUCCACGGGUGAAGGAUGGAAAGGCAGGCAUGUCUGGGGUGUUUCGUACGGAGAUGUGAACGUUUGCUCUGUCACCCAGCGCAGGCCGCUCUGUCCUCAAACCAAAGAUCAUUUGUCGGUGCUGCUGAGCUCCAGCGAGAGGCCGGCUGUGAGGGACGCUCUAGCAUCUGUCUCCAGCGGCUCGCUGAUGUACGCGUCCGGUGCGGGAUACAAGAUCCUGUGUGUGGUGCAAGGUCUGGUGGAUGUGUAUGUGCUCUCCGAGGCCAGCACGUUCAAGUGGGACUCGUGCGCUCCUCAUGCACUUCUGCGGGCGCUGGGCGGGGGCGUCUCGGACCUGAGCGUGACCUACCAUCAACCUCACACCGAGAGUCAGGGUGUGGACAGAUGGGCCAACCGAGGAGGAAUAAUCGCAUAUUUGGACUCCAGCGUCAUUCAUAAAGUCGUGGCAGCACUUGCUGGAAAGAUAUGAUACAAGUAUUAUGAUCCUGAAAGGCAAGAGCUUAGUGUAUGUAUGUUUGUAUUGUUAUGCAUAAUCUCUUGUUCUUAAUGAUGCUAUUUUAUGUUAAGAUUUCAUGGCGUAUUCAAGUAUUAAUUUAAGGCUAUAGCUUUUCUGGAGAAAAUAUAUAUUAUAGUACUUCUCUACAAUGUAUAUAUCAGUAAGUUUUAUUUUUUGGAAGAAGUUUAUUCUAUUUUCAAGACAAAAAGGAAACUGUUGUGUAAAUGUUUCCGAUCAUGUCAUGUUUUGAAGUUAAACAUGGACAUUCAGGUGCAUUUGUGGUGUAUUUUCUUUUACUUUUAUCUGUCCCCUUAUAUUUGGGGGAAAUUAGUUUCGUAACAGUCUCUGCUUUAAGACACCACCUGUCAAAAGGUUUUUUGUUUUGUUUAGUUUUUUUUUUUUUUUUUUAAACAUAACAAAAAAAAAAAGAAACACAAUUAUUCUUAAAUAUUAACUGUGGAGCGGUAGUGUAUGUCACAGAGAAAAGCAGAUGUGCAGCUUUGAUGUCUUUACAUACAGCAACCCUUGUUCAUUUUAGGAAGACUUUCUAUUUGAAGAAACAAAUCAUUGUUUUGUUGUCGCAAUGGAAAAACUUUGAGAACUAAGAGAAUUAUGGGGAAAGUGUGUUAAAGAGCACAGAGAGGACCAUGGAUGCCCUCUUAUGUGCAGAAGCGGUCUGGGCUUCAUGUCAGCGCCAGAGUGCACGUGACUAGAAAAGGAUGUGAUCGAGUGAAUUUACUGUAUAGCAAAUACUGGAUAAGUUUACCAUCAAUAAAACCUCUUUGGAAAAGGGACAUAGUUCUGUAAUGCUUGAAAAAUAUCCACUAUAAUGUUCUCACGAAAGGUGACGGAAAUCAAAAUGUGAAAAGAGGUUAUUAGACUUGCAGAAGUUAUAUAAAUGUUAAUUUGACAGCUAUUUACAGUCCUAAAUGUUAAUGGUACAAUAGCAAAAAUCUUUUAUUUUUUUAACAUGUUGGUGUUUUAUCUUUCACUUGCAUUGAGUAAAUUAAGCUAGAUAAAGCAAAAACUGUGUCUUCAUUUCAGGAUUCAAAGCAACUAAAUGUGAUUAUUUUAAAGGGGGUGAUUAUUUUCUAUACCCACUGUAUAUAACAACUGGAUAAAAGAAACUCUUCUUUUUAAGCCCACAGUCCAUUUAAAGUGGUCCAUUGGUUAGAUCAAAUGGUCAGUAAUGCCUUAACAUCAGGGAGUUUAGUGCAAUAAUAAACUGUCCAUUUUAUUUCUAUUAUACCACUUCAAUUAACAGCUGUGAAUAGAAAUUAAAUAACAUUUGCCCAUGUCAACGGAACAUUGCAAAGAAAAACAGAACAUUAGAAUAGUUUGAAAAUCUGACUGAAGAUUUACAAAACUCAGGGUUACCCGAAAGAUUCAGUAACAAUUCAGAAAUCGAACCAUUGAGUUUGACUCAACUGUAGUUAGAGUGUGGUCAGUCAUUCUAGACUUUACGAACAUUUCAGAAGUGAAUGUGCUGCUGUUAAUCAUGCACAGCUUCUAAAUGACCGAGUAACCACAUUAAACCAUUAUACCCAUCUUACGCUUUUUCCAUCUGAAAUCUCUUAAGCUGAAAGAUGACUGACAAAGAACAUAGCAAUCUGAUUGUAAUUCUGCAGUCUCCUUAAUAUUCUGGGGAUUUCUGUCAUUAAAGUGCCUUUUUCAGGACUUUUAAAUAAAACUGAACACAAACAUCCUGAACGCAUUUCUGAAGACUUGAGAACACUUGAAACUGAACAGUAUUAGUACGCUUCUAUGUUCAGCUGUACAGAGGGAAAGCAGUCUUGUGUUGUAAAGUAUUUUGGGUCUUCUGUAAAUACAGAGAAGACUGGCCACGAUGUCAUGAGCCAAAGACGUCAGGUUUGGGCCUGAAUAAUGGCUCCAGUGGAGGAAGGAAGCAACUGUCUUUUAAAAUGAUUCCUGAGUGAUAAGAAAGUGGACUUCCUCUUAAAGGGAGGCUCUGGGGUUUUCACAUCAAAAACCCUUUUAGACUUCAAGAUCUACAUUUAAGAUUCACUCACCAUUACUUUAACUUAUUCAAUUUGGAUUGGUAUCCUUAUUCUAAAUAUAAUGCACACUGGAAGCUAUUCCAGCUCCAGAGAUCCACUGCAUAAACAAACACAAACCAAAUCAGUCAAGAGCUCCAGUUACAGGACGAGCAUUUGAUGUGAAAAUCCUCUCGAUUCUUUCAUCUUCUGAUUCAAAGCUUCAUUCAGUUGAGUGAGUAUAUUAUUCUGGAAUAUUAACCCAUGUUGAGUAUUUUGUUUGUACAAUAAAGUAUUUGUAGAUAUUUGAAGUAAUUCUCUCCUUAACAAGUGAAAAAAAUGAACAAAAUAAAAUCUGGUUUUAAUAAGAACUGCCUGGUAAAAUGAUUCCUCGGGAUUGCAUGAUCACUACAGGAUAAGACCAGGAGCAUCUGGAGACUUCUUCCUGUUCUCUUACUAACAGCAGAUGAAGAGAAAGAUCCCUGAGGUCACAUGAAUCCUUGUGUGUUCAUAUAUUACAAAACAUUCAGCCACAUAGUGAACAUUUUCCAUCAGAUUCACCAUUUCAAACCUGACAAAACCAAACAUCUUUAAAGUAAAACUUCACCCCAAAAUAAAAAAUGCCAUAAUUACCCUGUCGUUUCAAACUCUGAUGCUAUUUUUUACUGCGAGUCUGAUUCUGUCAAUCUCAAAACAAAACAAGCUCCCCUCCACUGAAAGGUUAUCUUGGUUAUCAUGUAUCCCAUGACCAUCAUAUCAAACCUGGGCCAAAUUUAACAGCUAUGUUGGAGAAGAACAGCUUCAAUUCGGUUAAUUGGUUGUCACACAAAGCUAACUGACGUCUUUAGAAGACUUAAAACGUAGCAUACACAAGUCACAUGGUCUACUUUUAUAACGGUGGGUAUUUUUCUGUUUGUCCUGGAGCUUGACGUUCUACUGAAAAAAGCUCUGAGAAGAUACAAAGCAAAAAUAAGGCAUAAAGGCUUGGAACAACAUGCAGGUGAAUAAAUAGUGACAGUUUUAAACAUUGGGUCAACUAUUCUUCAGAUACACCAGUUAAUCUACUCGUGACUCUUGAGUCCUUCUGUUUCUUCAAAGAAUGUUAUUUCAGAUGCUUGAAUGAAGGUUAAUUUGUGACAAAAAAAAAAA